AUGACCAGGAUCUUUGAAACACUCCUCAACAACGCACCUCGCCACAAAGUGGCCGCAACGACCAGUAGCGCCCGAUCGGACUUCCCCUGGAAAGACGUGCAGCAGCGGCUGGCCACCCAUUGCGCUGAAAGCACGAAGAAGUUUAUGCGAAACAACCCACCACGCCACCGCCCUGUCUUCACUCCCCCGAAUAUCGCCUUAGACACGUUCAUUGAACACCUCAUCAGAGACUCGGGAGCGCCCCUAUCUGCAGCGCUUGCAGCGCUCGCGACCCUCGGAUGGAUGCUCGAAGCCCACUCCUGUCCGGUGUCUUCGUCGUCACCACAUCACCUCUUCCUCGCCGCGUACUACACUGUCGCUCAAUCGCUCUACGACUGCCCCCACUCGGACAAAGAAUGGGCGGCCCUCACAGGUAAGGCGAUCUCGCAUAAGCAAGUCGCCUUGAUGCGAUCCGAGAUGGCGUGCGGGAUGUCGAGGAGUGCGCUGGGGCGGUCCCAUGCAGGGAGAAAGAUCGGUUCCCCGGAGUGGGACCUUCUGAGGUGGUUCGUGCGGGAGGAUAUGUCGCGGUCGAUAAAGCAGCUUUUCGAGGAAGAGCGAGUGCAAGUGCGAGAUGACGUGUUUGAGGCGGCAAGAAUGAAGGCCGUUGAACGUGAGAUGGUGAAGAACGGACGCCUCGUGGCGUAUGCAUAUGGUCCGGAGGACGAACGUGAGAGCGAGCUGGAACCAGCGGACGGGUUCAUUGUGUACCGAUGA